ACCACUUAUUAGCAACCGCCCUUUUUAAGACAUGUAAAAUCUUCGAGAUUCACAAGUGAGGUAUUUGUUGACGUAUUUUAUGCCAUGGUGCAAAAUGUGAAACUCUCUUAAGCUUAUUUUAACUGCAGACCUUAAAAUCCCCUUGAUGUGGCGGACAGUGCCUCUUUAAUAUUUGAUUGUUCACCUUAAUCAUGUUUAAAAGCUAUCCAUCAGGAAGGCUUGCAGUUCUUGUGUGUGCUGCACAGUCAGCAGACUGGUGCUGUGUGAUGGUCCUGGAGGACAAACAUCUGCAGCCUCAGAUUCAGGCAGUUUUCACCAGCAGAGGACAGAGUACCUGUUAUCACAACAAUGGCUGUAUUUGGGUGAAUCUGACUCCAUGGGGAGGCACCUACUGCAAUGGCACAGGAGAAUUGAAGAAACACUGGAGCUGGCUGGGAAAUAGGAAUCACACUCAUGCUCCGCCCCACCAGCCCCUCAGCCUGACACUGAGCCCUAACCUCAACAUCCGCAUCCAAUCCCAGGAGCACAUCUGCCUCACUUUCAACUCUGGUGAGCGCUGUGUACGGCUUAAUGUAGGGGCCAAAUUGAAACCGAAUCAAGGCAAAAGCCUAACGCUGCCAGGGCCUGACAUGCUUCAGAGCUAUGUGCAGCAGAAGAGUGCAGAGAUCAAUGUCCUGCUCCAGAACAUCCAGUCCCUCAUCACCUAUCAAAAGACUGUCAGUCCACGGAAGGUCAAGCCCCAGCAAAGGCUCAUCACACAGAUGGAAAGACGCCGGCUGCCAAUGAAACAGCAACGGUCUGCCAAGAAGACCCCCUAAAGCCGACGAUGUCCUUGAGUGGCAGUU